CCAGAAGGUGGGAAGGUAGGGGCAAGUUGGUGCACCCUUGGUGCGGGCGGGCACGAGCACCAGAAAUCGAAGUGGGCGGGCAAGAACAAAACAACACGGGCGGCGACAAGAACCAGAGAGCCAGGCAGGCGGGCAGGAUCGAGAACUGGAGAGUGACGCGCGGCGGGAGGGGAAGGAGAAUCCAGGUUCGGCUCGGGCGGCGACGAGAAGCUGCGCUCGGGCGGGCGAGGACGGCGACCGGCGCGGGCGGGCGCGGCCUUUGUCUCCUCCUCCCGCGCGCUCGGCGGCGGCACUGGCCCCAUGAGCCCGCGGCCCCCCGGCGCCCGAGCCGCCCGCAGCCCCUAACCUGACCUGUCCUCGCCAUGGCCGAGACUACCUCGGGCGCCGGGGGCACGUCCCUGGAGGGAGAGCGCGGCAAGAGGCCCCCGCCGGAGGGCGAGCCCGCAGCCCCUGCGUCUGGAGUUCUGGAUAAGCUUUUCGGGAAGCGGCUCCUGCAGGCUGGUCGCUACCUGGUGUCCCAUAAGGCAUGGAUGAAGACCGUUCCCACGGAGAACUGCGAUGUGCUGAUGACCUUUCCAGACACCACCGAUGACCACACACUGCUAUGGCUGCUGAACCACAUCCGCGUGGGCAUCCCUGAGCUCAUCGUGCAAGUCCGCCACCACCGCCACACGCGUGCCUACGCCUUCUUCGUCACGGCCACAUAUGAGAGCCUACUCCGAGGGGCCGAUGAGCUGGGUCUGCGCAAGGCUGUGAAGGCCGAGUUCGGUGGGGGCACCCGUGGCUUCUCCUGCGAAGAAGACUUCAUCUAUGAGAAUGUGGAGAGUGAGCUACGCUUCUUCACAUCCCAGGAACGCCAGAGCAUCAUCCGCUUCUGGCUGCAGAACCUGCGUGCCAAGCAGGGUGAGGCGUUGCACAACGUGCGGUUCCUGGAGGACCAGCCAAUCAUCCCAGAGCUGGCAGCUCGUGGGAUCAUCCAGCAGGUGUUCCCGGUCCAUGAACAGCGCAUCCUGAACCGCCUCAUGAAGUCAUGGGUGCAGGCCGUGUGCGAAAACCAGCCUUUAGAUGACAUCUGUGACUACUUUGGUGUGAAGAUUGCCAUGUAUUUUGCCUGGCUGGGCUUCUACACAUCAGCAAUGGUAUACCCGGCUGUCUUUGGCUCUGUCCUGUACACAUUCACUGAGGCUGAUCAGACAAGCCGGGAUGUGUCCUGUGUGGUCUUCGCUCUCUUCAACGUGAUCUGGUCAACAUUGUUCUUAGAGGAGUGGAAGCGGAGAGGGGCAGAGCUGGCCUACAAGUGGGGAACACUGGAUUCACCUGGGGAAGCUGUGGAGGAGCCCCGUCCCCAGUUCAGGGGCGUGCGCCGCAUCAGCCCUGUGACCCGGGCGGAGGAGUUCUACUACCCGCCGUGGAAGCGGCUGCUCUUCCAGCUGCUCGUGAGCCUCCCUCUGUGCUUGGCCUGCCUUGCCUGCGUCUUCUUGCUCAUGCUCGGAUGCUUCCAGCUGCAGGAGCUGGUGCUGAGUGUGAAGGGGCUGCCCCGUCUCGCCCGCUUCCUGCCCAAGGUUGUGCUGGCCCUGCUGGUCAGCGUGAGCGCUGAGGGCUACAAGAAGCUGGCCAUCUGGCUCAACGACAUGGAGAAUUACCGGCUAGAGAGCGCCUACGAGAAGCACCUCAUCAUUAAAGUCGUCCUGUUCCAGUUUGUCAACUCGUACCUGAGCCUCUUCUACAUCGGCUUCUACCUCAAGGACAUGGAACGCCUCAAAGAGCUCCUGCUCGUCCUGUCCCUGUCCCAGAGUCUUGAGCGGCAGCUGCGGGCGGUGCUGGUCCCGCUCGUGGCCCUGCGGUUCCGCCUGCUCCUCCUCUCCCUCCGGGGCCUCCUGCUCGUGGCCCGGGCCAAAAUGCUGGCCACGCUGCUGAUCACCCGCCAGUUCCUCCAGAAUGUGCGUGAGGUCCUGCAGCCACACCUGUACCGCAGGCUGGGCCGUGGCGAGCUGGGUCUGCGGGCCGUCUGGGAGCUGGCCCGGGCCCUGCGUGGCCUGUUGAGCCUCAGGCGCCCUGUGCCUCGCCACCUUGAAGCCCAGGCUGAUGAGGGCAGUGGCAGCAGUGGCGGGGGGGGCCGCAGAUGUCUCAGUGGGGGCUGCGGGGCACCUGAGGAGGAGGAAGAGGCCACAGUGGAGCGGAGACCAGCAGGGGAAGGUGGGGAGGUCAGGGACGGGCCCCGGGGGGCAAAGGAGGAGGCGGAAGAGGAGGAGGAGGAGGAGGAGGAAGAGGAGGACGAUGAUGACGAGGGCGAGGACGGUGGCCUCCUGGACUGUGGACUUCGCCUGAAGAAGGUCAGCUUUGCUGAGCGGGGGGCUGGGCGGCGCCGGCCUGGCCCAAACCCAGAGGCCCUCCUAGAGGAGGGAAGCCCCACCAUGGUGGAGAAGGGGCUGGAGCCAGGCGUGUUCACACUGGCUGAGGAAGACGAUGAGGCGGAGGGUCCUCCUGGCAGCCCUGAGCGAGAGCCCCCUACCAUCCUGCUCCGCCGGGCAGGGGGUGAGGGCCGAGACCAGGGGCCUGAUGGAGGCCCAGACCCGGAACCUGGCUCUGGGGACUCUGCCGGGAGGCAGAAGCGGCAGAAUCGGUCCUCUUGGAUCGACCCGCCCGAGGAGGAGCACUCGCCCCAGCUCACCCAGGCGGAGCUGGAGAGCUGCAUGAAGAAGUACGAGGACACGUUCCAGGACUACCAGGAGAUGUUCGUCCAGUUCGGCUACGUCGUGCUCUUCUCGUCCGCCUUCCCGCUGGCUGCGCUGUGCGCCCUGGUCAACAACCUCAUUGAGAUUCGCAGCGACGCCUUCAAACUGUGCACAGGCCUGCAGCGGCCCUUCGGCCAGCGUGUCGAGAGCAUCGGCCAGUGGCAGAAGGUCAUGGAGGCCAUGGGUGUGCUGGCGAUCCUGGUGAACUGCUACCUCAUCGGCCAGUGCGGGCAGCUGCAGCGCCUCUUCCCCUGGCUGAGUCCGGAGGCAGCCAUUGUGUCCGUGGUGGUGCUCGAGCACUUCGCUCUGCUCCUCAAGUACCUCAUCCACGUGGCCAUCCCCGACAUCCCAGGCUGGGUGGCUGAGGAGAUGGCCAAGCUGGAGUAUCAGCGGCGAGAGGCCUUCAAGAGACACGAGCGCCAGGCUCAGCACCGCUACCAGCAGCAGCAGCGGCGGCGGCGGGAGGAGGAGGAGCGCCAGCGCCAUGCGGAGCACCACGCCCGCCGGGAGCGGGACACCGGUGGCCGGGAGGAGGCCAGGGCGGAGGGCUCUGGGCUGGACCCUGCCGCCUCCGAGAAGACCUCUGCCAAAGCCAAGGGAGGCGGAGCGGGCAGCCAUGGGCCUGAGCGGCCCAAGCGCCCAGGGUCCCUGCUGGCACCCAACAACGUCAUGAAGUUGAAGCAGAUCAUCCCGCUACAGGCUUCAAGUUCCUCAAGUCGCCCGAGACCCGAAGGGAUCCCGAGCGCAGCCACUCGCCGCCCAAGGCCUUCCACGCCGGCAAGCUCUUCCCCUUUGGCGGGACCCGGGCUGAGACCGGGUCCAACGGGGCGGGCGGGCAGGCCCGACAGGACGGGACCCCCAGCGCUGGCAGCGGCCGGGCCCAGAGGAGUGGGCCAGCAGACGAGGCCUCAGCUGAGGAGCUGGAAGCCCCCCGGCCCGAAGAGGAAGGCUCAGGUCACAAGCUUUAACUCGGGGGUGGGGACGCUGGGCCUGGCUUGGGGGUAGGGUGGGUGGCCAGACCCAGGGAGAAGGGCUGAAGGGGACAGAGGAGGCCCCAUCUUUGGUAUUGGUUGGGGACCUGGGUCAGUGGGACGUGGAGCCCCCCGGUCAAGCCUGCUCAGUCUCUGGACCCUGGAGAGCCUGAAGCCCUGUGCCUGACCCUCCUCUGCCCCAGGGAAGGGAUGCCAAAGCCCCAGCCUCGUACCCCUCCCAGGGUACCCCUACCACGCUCUGGUGCCAGGAGAGGUGAGGGAGGCCCCUUUGCCGCCUGGCCCACCCUCUCCUGCUCCCAUGCCUGGCUCACUCUGGGGGCCUGGACCCCCCAGACCUCUAUGCAAAUCCCCAGCCUGCAGCCCAGGUGUUCAGGAAGGACUUCCUUGGAGGUGGAGGCUGGGGCUGCCCACCCCCGGCACUGGGCUACAGGCUGCACCCACAUGGGUGCAGAGCCAAGGCACGGGCCACACCCCAGGACCCCUACCACUUUGCCUGCCCAGCCCUAGUCUGGGGUUCCAGCAGCCGGAUCCCCAGGUCACCAGAGAGGUGGCAGCUGCAGUACAAGGGAUGUAGGUCAGAAGUCAGAGGGACCUCCUCAGACUCUCCUCCCCCAUGACUGGGAGAGGCCAGUGCCCACAGGCAAGGGAUGCACCCGAAGAUGCCCAGGGAGGCGCCCCGCCCCGUCUCUGAUCUGAAGCAAUAAGGCCCUUCACGUGCCUGGAAGCCCGGGAGGGAGCGCGGGCAGGGUCUCCCACCCUGUGGGGUCCAGCGGGGGCGGCAUGCCCCCGGAACGGCCCCUCUCGCCUCCGCAGGGACAGCGCUGGCCCUCGCGGGCGCCCCUGCCCUCCGCACCCGCCGCAGCCGGAGCCCCGCGCCGCCGCCGCCAAUGCCGCUGUCCCGGCCCCCGACGCCGCCCGCCGGCUGCUGGCAGUGGGACGGGCCUUGGGCCUGCGGGG